GUGAGGUGCAGAAAGACGUUUUUAUUUUGAUGAUUUUUUUUGUGUGUUUUCAAAUAGAAGUUUACAACAGGAGCAGAAAAAAUCCAGGUCCUGUCGGACUUCUUGAUGUGUGGCAUACAGCUGAACACAUGGUUGCUAAUUUCUGCUGAAAUCCAGGCUUUAAUCUUUUUCCACUGUAGCUUCAAGUUGGCUCAAAUUGUAAUUUUAUAGCAGACCCAGGUUGCCUGUAAAGUGACUAAAUUUGAUCUCCAAACACUUGCAUGUUGCAAAGAAUAGAGCUAGAGAAUUCAUUCCGCCGCUAAUUCCACGUCCAGCCUUCAGCGUGCAUUCAUUGGGAAUAUAUUAGACUCAAGGCAGUAAUUUAAAAAAACUUUUCUUCUUCCUUAAAACAAUGAUGAGACUGUGAUACCAUAGCUGACUUUGAUUUCUCAGGUCUUUUAUUUAGAAAUUCCAUAAAUCUCUUGCUGGAGUCUUUCUGAAGCUUGGAUGUAUAGCAUAAUGCUCUCCCUAGUUUGUGUACAGCUUUGAAUGGAUUUUUAUGAUUAGGUUUGCUUUUCAGGAAGAAGCUGGGAACUCUUGUCUACAUUAACGCUUUCGGCCCAAAAUGUCUAAUGUGAUUGUAAGUUGCAGAGUUCUCCCUAAAUUUCAUGCUGUUGCAUCAUUUAAGUAUUUUUUUUUUUUUUUUUUUUUUUAGAGCCAUAACAAAGCACAAAGCACUAUGACUCGGUUCUUCUGAAUGUCUUGCAGGUGGGAAGUGGAAACAAGCUAAAAAUUGGUAUUCAUUUUUGCAUUGCCAGAUGUUACACCUAAGUACCUAGCCCCAGUGUUUGUCAAUUUGAAGUGUGCUUUUGUACAUUUGGGUUUUGUACCUUUCCCCUUUGAUCUCGCAGAGCCUGCCUUGCGCUACAUCAGUAGUCAGAUGCAUGGAACUAUUUUCAAAUUUAAGUGCCUCCCCUAUUCUGUCCUCUUGCAGUAUUUUCAGUGGCCUUAUAUGAAUACAUGCCCCAGACAGUGGCCGUGUGUAGGUAAGGGUAAGUAACCCAAACACCACUGUGAUGAAUGUCUGCACAGAAGAAUAAGCAUAACGUGUCUCAGUAGUAAAUGCUCGUGCGUGAAAACAUCCGAGAAAUCUGUCGGUCGUGUCUACCAAUCCUGUGUGCGCUUGAGCCAAACUUAAUACACAGUGCUGUAAGAUGCCAUUUGUCACCAGUUAUAUUCUGCCAAAAGUCCCGUUUCAUAUCCUUUCACAGGCCUUUAUUGUGGCUGUGGGGCAGGUGCUUUCAGCUGAAGCUCUGCCUGCCAGGGUUUGUUAUCAAAUAGAAUUAAACGUGGCUAAUUUGUACUUUUAAAAAGAAAAAAAAACCCUCGGUACCACCACUGCACUUACUCCAGUCACAGUGCUUUUAUUUUAACCAGUCUUUUGUUUGCUUACUUGCCUUAUAGAAUUGACUAAUUCUUGUGGAGGGAAAGAGUGGCCAAAGCACUUUUUUAAGAUGGGUUUCAGCCCUGCUGUGCUUCGUGUGUGGCAAGUGGUUUGGCAUACUGGUCUGAUCCCUUAAAACUGUCCACAUGAUUGUGUGAUGUUGUUAGGAGUCGGGAAAUGUGGACUCUGUUCUCAACACUGCCUUUGACUUCCUGUGAGAAGUCAUAAAAACGCCCGGGUACCUUGGUCCCUUCAGCAAAAUGGGAUUGGUGCUCAGGUAGCAGUGCUUUGAAAUCAAUCGUGGAAUUUUAACGUGUUCAAAAGAAAAGUCAUAAAUAUAAGAACCAAGAAUGUGCUCCAGACGUAGACAGAGCACUUUUUCUAGAAAGCAGUGAAUCUGAAGAGGGCAUGGGACGAUCUGGUGGAUAAGCUGCUGAAUGUUUACUCCUUGGGUGGACAAAAGGGCUAAUGGUGAUCCUUGGAUAUGCGGAUAGAGGAACCUGAAGUUGGGAGAUGGUUUUGCCUGUAUUGGGUCCUGACGUGGCUGCUCAUGGAGUGUUGGAUCCAGGUUGGGUAUCAACAACUCAUAAAGGACAUUGAUAAACAUGGAGAGGGUUCAGAGAAGAGCCAUGAGAGUGAUUCAAAGGUUGGAAAACUACAUCUUGAUACGAGACACCAGGAGUUCUCUAUUUUUCAUUCUCUAAGUAAAGGGUUAAGGAGUUUUGCUUGAUGAUGGUCUAACCCCGGCAAGGGUGCCAGUGUGGGGCAUGCAAAGGCAUUUUGCUUGGCACGUGUGUCUCUGGGCGGAAAGCAGGGAAGGUCUGUGCUGCCACAACAACAAUCGGACCCCCUCGCGGUUCCCACACCGUCCACCCCUGGCACACCAGCAUCUUACAAGUUGAGGUUGCAGGUGGUUUGUCACACUGGCAAAAAACGUUGCCUACCCCCGCUGUAAGUACCUACAAGGGCACCGAAGUGUCAACUGUGGACUCUUCAGUACAGCAAAAUCCAUUGAUUAGGACACUGAAGCUAAACCAACUUGUAUGUGAUCUUCUAUCAGUGAGGGGGGGAAUCCAGAAAAUUAUUAAGAUCCCUGUUGUUACUUAAACUUAAUAUUUAGAACGUAGGUGGUGGCACUGAAGUCUUGAAAAUGGCUUGACCAAGAAUAGCUUUCUUAGGUCACAUAGGUUAUCCAUUCAACAUCUUUUUUUUUUUUCCACGUUGGCUACAGAAUUAAAGGGCCCCAAACUGUUGGGACUAUGCCAUACAUUUGCCAACAAUCCCCUCCUUGAUGGCCCUCCUAGAGGAGCCAUCACUUUUAUUUUUAGGCUCGGGCGGGCGUGGUAGAGGGUUGAGCCUGGUGGGUUAUAUGAGUAAGUCCUUGCAGCCACCAGUGGAGCAGCUGUCUUGAUGCCAGCACUCAGUUUCUUUAGUUGCUUAUUUUUUCGAUCCAUGAGCAUACACACGGCCUCUCCAUCUCCUUCUAUGAGAAGACUAGUUUUUCUGUAUUUUACCAGUUUUCUCCAGCCCCUUCCAUAGCCAAGCAUGUCAGUCAAGGUGACCCAUAUUAAAAUGCUUCACGAUAGUUUCUAGAUUGAUUUGUUGUAUAACGUUUUGGAUAUUUGAUACUCAAAACCCAGGAUAUCCUUUUGGCUCAACUGUUUGUACGGAAAUAUUACUGCACUAAAUUUAUCUUGUAAUUUUUCUUUCCCUCCCAUUUGAUUCAGCAUGAUGUAGGUGACAUUUGUUACUGAGGACACAGGAGUUUUGUCUUUCAUUCCCAAAGGGUUAAGGAGGGCUUGCUUGAUGAUGCAGUAAGUAUCUGCAGGGGCAAUGAAGUCUGAAUUAUGGACUUUAGUACUGUAAGGCCCAAUGAUAGGACACUGAAGUUAAACAAACUUGCACGUGAAUUUUUAGCCAUGAGGGGGGCAUCCAAAGAAUUAUUCAAAGAAGGUCCCUGUGGCCUUUGUUACACAGAUUAGGCUAGAUCAGAGGUGGCCAACCUGCAGCACGCAUGCCACAAGUGGCACAGGCAGUCUCUAUGGGUGGCACAUAGCAGGAGGUGAGAAGAUAAGCAGGUGGGGGUAUGGAGCAGAAAGCAGAGCAGGCAGGGAGCAUAGGGCAGGAAGCAGAAAGCAGCAGGCAAGGGAAAAAGGAUUAGAGUGGCACUUGGGGAGGGUGUAGGGCUAAUUGUGGCCGGCCCAAAGGGUAGCCCUCCCCAUGCCCCACUGGAACAGAUGAUCAUGAUGGUUGUUGGGUCUCAUGCCAAAAUAGUUGUCAGCCCAAAUUCACUUAAACUGGAAAGACAUAUCACAUCACAGGACCUGUCUGUGUUGGAAGUUACCAACACUGAUGCUAAUACAGGAACAGGGCCCUGUCUCUGAAGUUUUGAGGACCUACAAUUCCCAGAUGACUACAGUAGAAUAUAAAGCUCUGAAUUAAAUCCUUGGUCUUUACAUUAUCAAGAAGCCCUGGUAAUCUCAGUUAAUAAGCCUUUUCAGAAUGUUUUCCAAAAUGUGGGACUUGUGCAAAUAUGUUGUUAGCUAAUAUUUUUUGGCAAGUGUCAUGCCUGCUCUUUCCAAAAAAUCUUUUAUUAUUAAAUAAUAAAAAGUUCCAACUGCUUGUUGGAGGCUGCAGGCGCUUGUUACAACCUUAGUUCAGACAGGUUAGGAAAUUCGGCAAGUGAUGCAUCUUCAAUCUUGUGCCUUGGGGUUGCUGAAGAGAAGCAUGGAGCAUCGGCAAUCACUGAUCAUUUUAGUUUUCUAUUUCACACUAAGGGAAGUCCCUAAAUUUUCAGAAGUGUUUAGUGUUUUGUUUUUUUAAUUUGAGAUGCCCAGCUUAAUGCCUGCUCAACAGACCUCCUGGCCCAGCUCUCUGAGUAUUGGACUGUUUUAUGGCAAGCAGCAAGGUGUUUUUAUGUUUUAGUUUUUGGGAUGGCCUUUAUUGAACCUGCUCUAUACUUGGGAGAGAUGUUGGAAAAGCUUUCAGGCACAAAGUGCCCUUCUCUUGCCUCUCAUCCGUUUCCUGGACCACCAUGGCUACAUCACUCCAGCAGAUUUGUCUUAAAUUAGAGACCCCAACUCUCUUGUUUUCUACAGAGUAGGACUCGCACUGUAAGCACUAAGGGGUCUUAGGCUAAAGUAACUAUGUUCAAACAGAAUUAUAUGAAGUUUUGGCACUUGGCAUUUUUCCCUCUACUUUUGUUUUUCGAAAAUUAAUCUUGAAGCACUGUUUAUGCAAUUCCGAUGUUAGACGUUGCCUUAAAACAAAUUGAAUCAACACUUUUUUUUCCAUCUCCUUUGUACUUGCCAACUAGCUGAGAAGCAGCAUAUCUUGUGCUGUGUUUAUUUCUUUUGAGACUUGCUACUAAAUGUUGCUUUGUGGCAGAAUAUAAUUUUGGUGCAAAAUCUAGUAUUUUAACUUUGUUGAACAGGCUGUCCAUGCACGUGCUGAAGUAAAAGUAGAUGGAUUGCUCUAUAUCAAGUAGUGAAAGUGAAGACUGUUAACGUAAGCCAGUAAGUUAUGGUACGAGGUCAGGACAUGUAUAUUCUAAAAAGUGGGGAUACAGGAAAACUCCUGAGGCUUCUUCAAGUUUACUUUUUACUAGGGCUAACUUCCAAAGAUCAUUGGCUAGUUUCUGCUGCACUGAACGAUCAUUGACCACACUGAGAUGUGAGUGAGAAAUACCACUAGCUUGUACAGUCCUCCUGUACUUGAAGGUGAAUGUGGCAUUUUAGCAUUUGCUUCCUGCUGCAUUUUAAAAAAAAAUCUAAUUGUUUGAAGACUGUGGCUAUUCACCAGUGCUGGAAACAAUCCACCUUUUCCAUCUGGAGUAUAUGGGAGCCAAAGCCAUCACUAACAACAUUCACUGAAAACCCCAGCUCUUACAGAUGAGCCUUCCUCUCAUCUCUUCUGCAGGUGUCAGCUAGUAGGCUUAGGCCUUUGGCUAAUAGGUAAAUUAUUUUUAAAUCUAAUCAGGAUUCUUCAACCAAAUUGCUAAAAUAUUUCGGGCUCUUUAGAGUUUUGCAAUACAGAGUAUAGUGAGCUCCCAGAUAACUUCACCAAAAGCUCUGAAACUAAUGGGACUUCUCUAUCCUGCCAUUCAUUUGUGUAGUAACAAUUCGAUAUAUCUAAACACAGCUCUAUGGCAGGAUGCAGCCCAAGUUUUCUAAGUUAUUGCAAAAACUGAUGGUUGGACACCCAUAUAUCUCGCCAGGUGGUUGCCCAGUUAAGAAUUCCUUAGACAUUUCUCUUUAGAGGGGUCAUUAUAGAAAUACACUUUCCAACAGCACGUUUCUGGUUUCAGAACGAUCAGGAUAUUUGAUGCCACGCUAAAUUUGUUCACAACCUAACUUCACAGGGCUUUCUUUAUUUGAUGGUACCAGGACUUUAAAAAAAAAAAAAUCACCGUAUUGCAAUAGUGCCAUUUGUAAUUUCUUUUCCUUUUACUUGAAAACAAAAUUGAAUUGCAAACUAUUUAAAAUUGCUUUCCUGCCCUUUCAGUAGCAGUGAGAGCUUACCUUAUGUGAAGCCUUCUGUAAAAAUAUAUUUUGUAACAACCUCAUAGAUCCUUUAUCUAACAAAACCAAGAUUUAUUUUAGCUUUGUAUAAAUGUUUGUGGCUUAUAAUUUUUAUAUGUUUAACUUUUAUAACUUUCCAGGGCCUAAGAGCCUCUAUAUUGUAAAUUUACCUCUCCUUGCUUUAGUUCAGGAUUAGCAAUAAAUUAUUUCUGAAGGAGGUCGUAAAGGAAAAAAGUAUCACUUCCUUUUAUAAAAUGGUUAAAUUACUAAUGGUUUAAAGCCUUCUUGCAUUCAGUUGUACAUUGCUCUGUACAUACUCUGCCAAAAUGUUGCCUUACAGCUAUUAAUAUUUGCCUUGUGUUUAAAAAAAAAAAAUUAAAAAAUUACUGACGAUAAAUAAACGUAUACAGCCUUGAAUUGGUCCUGUGCGGUUGUUUUGUUGUGGACAUAAUUGUGUGUAGGGAGACGACUUGUUUUUAGUCUUCUGCUUAAAAGCAGCAGAGUUCAACUUUUGCCCAGUUUGAAAUUUCCGUUAUUACUAUUAAGAUACUUUGAUUUUGACUUUCUUUUGUUACAGUCACUACAGGCUAACUGGUGUCCCCUGCCCCCCCUCUGUCUUCAAGUAUCAACACAUGAAAAAUGGAUCAGAGCAUCAGGGCUUUCUCUCUCUGCUACAUCAUUUCUUCAUUUGGAUGGUGUUCCCAUUUUUUUAAUGGGAUUAGAUGGCAAAUCACUGUAAAUUUAAGCAUUUUAACUUCCAUAUAGUUGUUUUGAAUCAGCCAGUUUUUGUGUAUCCUCAGAUCCGGCUGUAGCAAUGAAAUCUGUGUAGUGCUACAACAUCAAACUCUUUACAGCAAACCCUGCCCUGAACCCUUCUUCCCUGUUCGUGGUGCUGUGCCUGGCACAGCUGUGGAGCUCCUCUCAUCUCAUAGAAGGUGUCGAGGACGCAGAACAUCUCAGGCCCUGCUCGUUGGACGUGAGGCCAGCUGGGACAGCAAGUCAGCGAAGAGCUCCCUGACCUCAAAGCCAUCUCCUGGAAUUGUGUGCGACUGUAGCUCGAGCACAUUUCAGUCCGUAAAUUAUCGUAGACUUGCCUAAGAGCGUGGAAGGAACCGUUCAGUUCCCUGGCAUUGACUCUUCAUCGCCAGCUGCUGGGGUCAGCCGAGGGAGAUACGCCCCCGUGCCACAAAACAGCGUAAAAGAGAUUGGAGUCGGGUCUAAAGAGCUUGCUGCCAGACUAAUACACCAAAAUCCCUCUUGCUACUAUGAAGGUAAUUAAACAUUCGGAGGAGGUCCUGAAAGCAGCGCUCAUCUCCAAAAACACGCAGCUCGCGAGGCUGUACGAGAAGCUUGAGCCCGGGGAGAAGCGCUUGCUGGAGGAGGCGUUUCGGCCGCACAGCGGUCUCUUUGCACCGAUCACACUGCAUUCGGAGUCGGACUGGAUCUCCUCACAUCCAGAGCCCACGCAGGACUUCGAGCAGUUUUACCACGACCGUUACAGAAGCACGCCAACUUCCCAGAAAAGUGCCAUUUACGUACAGCCCAUCGGUUCUUUUGGUGAUUCCAAAGUUAGUCCAGAGAAUUAUCUGAAAUGGCUGAAGGAUUACUGCGAAGCCUUUUAUUAUGGCCUGAUGGUAAAAAUCCUGGACCCAGUUCCUGUUUCACAGACAGCUUGUGCUUUUCGGGUAAAUGAGUACACGCAUAAUCUACAGGUUCAUGCAGGGGAUCUCCUGCAAUUCCUGAAGAAGAGGAAACCCAGGGAUGCUUUCUGUAUUGUGGGAAUAACCAUGAUAGAUCUUUAUCCAAAGGAGUCUUGGAACUUUGUCUUUGGACAGGCUUCUUUGACAGAAGGGAUGGGGAUCUUCAGCUUUGCCAGAUAUGACAGUGAUUUUUAUAGUGCAAGCUACAAGGGCAGACUGAAGAGUGGCAAGAAGUAUCCUGUUGCAGACUAUUCAGUUUUCAGCGGCUAUUAUACUCCUGCAAUUACGAGUUUGCUGCUUCUGAGAUCCUGCAAGACCCUGACCCAUGAGAUCGGGCACAUCUUUGGACUCCGUCACUGCCAGUGGCUGCAGUGUGUAAUGCAGGGUUCAAAUCACCUGGAGGAAUCGGACCGACGGCCGCUGGACCUGUGUCCCAUUUGUCUGCGCAAGCUGCAGUGUGCCAUCCGCUUCAACAUUGCAGAAAGAUAUAAGGCGUUGCUGAGGUGGAUGGACAACGGUGGGAGUGGAACGGAAGCUGAGUUCGGGCAUGCAGCAGAGGUGGGUUUGCCGAAACCAGUGGAAGCAUUUAAGGAGUGCCGAGAGUGGGUAGUAAAAUGUCUGGAUGUGCUGCAGAAGUAAAGCAUUGGAAAGUAGGUAGCAUCAAAAGGAAAUGAUCCUUUAUUUAACAGAUUACUUCCAAGCUGACUACUUCUAAAAUCUGUCAUUUGAUAAGGGUCGUCCAGUGCAUUGUAAGCAUCUCUUUAAACAAAGCUCCAUCCCUUUGACACUUCAUUGAAACCAUCCUCUCCCAGAUGGUAACGAUUUCCAUGUGACCCUAAAAUAUUUAGUCUCUGCAAUACUUCUAUCAGCAAGCAAGAUACAGUCUAAUCAUUAUUGCUUUGAUAUGCAGCAAAACAUAUUUAGCAUUUGUAAAUAGACCUAGAAUAUGCUUUAUAAAUGCUUGUGGAGCAUUGUGGUGCUUUUUUUCAUUUAGUCCUGUAGCACUGUUGAGUCCAUGGUGAUGAACAUCCAGUGGGCAGAGUCCUAAUGGAAAAGUUUGGUUGUUCCAAGAACCACGCAGCAACUGUGGCCUGGUUGUGCUAGUUCUCUGGGCACUGUCAAAAACUCAGUGAGAAGAUUCCAGUUCUCUGCUAGAAAACCUUACAAGAAGGUUCCUCCUAUGUGAUAGCAGAGAUAUGUCCACACUGAGCCAUUUAGGGGGAGGACUCAAGUCAGUUUUUACUUGGUGUUUGCCUAGGAAAUCAGGAAAAGGUCCCUAGGCACUUAACUUUAGGGGCAGAGUGAAAAGAACCUGGAUAAAAGAAACAAAGCUGGAAAGAUUUAAUUGCUGAGCUGUGUGAUGGGUUUAAUUUCCCAUAGCAGGAUAUUGUUUUUAAUUACUGUUACUAAGACUCAGUUGCGCUUCCGUUUUGCUUUAUAUAAUCAUGUUAGGAUCCUUCCUAAGUCUGCGGCUGCUAAAUUGACCUGCUCUCAUCAUCACCCAAAGCAAGGUGAUGGGACAGAUUUCACGCUGUGCAUUAUUUUCAGGAUUAUUUCUGUACUCUUAUCUGUGAAGGUGCUUACAGCCUAACUGGUUCUCCCUUUCUGGCCCAGACCUGCUGGAAGGAGUUCGCUUUUGAUUUCAGUUUAAAAAUCUGCCAUUCCUAAAAUGGUGAAAAAUAUACACAAAGUAUCUUUUAUAUGAUUUUAGACCCUUAAUCAGGCAAAAAUAUGUUCUAAUAGCUGUGGUUAGAACAUGAUUAUUACCGAAGUGCCAUGUUUGUGGGAAUGAUGCCUGCCAGGUAAAUGAAAGAGCACCAUUUGUUUCUGAUACUGCUUUUGUCCUAAGGCUCUAAUUUUGUAAUCUCAUCAAUGGAGAGAUCCUCACUGUUCAGGAGCAAAUAUUUACAAGCACUUAAGUGCUACAGGCACUUUUUGCUCACAGGAGAAAUCUCUUUGCUGUCAGUCUAGCUACCUGUAUGAAUAAAGUUAUCCGGGUACUUAGGAGUUUGCAGAAUUGGACCCUAAUUUUGCUGAAUCAAGAGUUAACAGUAGCUAAACUGUUGUGUUAACAGUAGGUUUUGGUUGCUCCCAAAAACCAAACUCUACGGGAUAUUCAGUACUGCAUCUUCUUCAUGUUUUUACAAUUUGAAAUGUAUUCAAUGGAAAAAAAUAUUUUGGGAUGGAAACGUGGUCCCAUUGAACCAAAAUAUCUGAAGAAUUCAUUUGGGUCUGGCUUGCGUGCCAGAUCUCAUGUG